AUGGCAAUUGACUGGGAAAAGUGUUCCAGCACAAAAUUUAGUAUGUUCGUGACAUCGUAUAAUGCCAAACUGUCGGAGCGCUUUGUUAACAUGAUGAUAAUUCUUCAUUCGAUAGCUGUAAUUCUCUGUAACACUCACAUCCUUGUGAAACACGUGGAUGAUGGCAAUGCUUCCAAUGUUUCCACACGAUUGUUCGUUUUAGAGAUGGAGCUGCCAUUCGACGCUAAUCAAAGAUUCGUAUAUGAAUCUGUCAUAAUUAUCCAAUUUUUUCAUUUCUUGUUGUGUUCUAAUGUUGUGAGCGUAUUCAAUGCUUUUCUCAUAAAUCUGUCAAUCGGUCGACCCGACGUUUUGAAAAAUAUAAUUAGAGUCCUCUUAUAUUACUUCGCCAUAAAUAUGGAAGCAUUCAUAUUUUGCUUUGCUGGGGAAUACUUGAGCGCUAAGAGUAAAAGCAUCGGAGAUGCUGCCUAUGCUUCCCUCUGGUACGAAUUAGAUUCUAGAACCAAUCGAACUAUGUUAUUUUUGAUAAUGAGGUCGCAAAAUCAGUUAACAAUUACAGUUGGAAAGAUAAUGAAUUUGUCUUUGGAACGAUUUACUAGUAUAUUGCAUAUAGGCGGUCAAAUCGAUAUUCUGCGUAAGAGUUUGAUGAGAAUUGUUCCGAAGAGAGACAAGGACAGCUCGAGUCAUUUCACAGUAAAAGAAAUAAUAAAAAAACAUCAGAAAAUCAUUAUCUUCUCGGAGCAUAUCGAGCAUCUGUAUUCAUAUAUCGCGAUGGUGCUCUUCGUAUCGGAUAUUCUGAUUAUCUGCUGCUUAGGUUCUACAAUUCUCGCAAGUAAAAGCAUCGGAGAUGCUGCCUACGCUUCCCUCUGGUACGAAUCAGAUUCUAGAACUAAUCGAAUUAUUAUGUUUUUGAUAAUGAGGUCGCAAAAUCAGUUAACAAUUACAAUCGGAAAGAUAAUGAAUUUAUCCUUGGAACGAUUUACUAGUCUUAUUAACAAUGAUGACGAUCGACUGGAAAAAGUGUUCUAAGAAGAAAUUCACACUCACAUCCUUAGGAAACACAUAGAUGAUGGCAAUGCUUCCAAUGUUUCUACACGAUUGCUCGUUUUAGAAAUGGAUCUACCAUUUGACACUAAUAAAAGAUUCGUGUAUGAAUCGAUUAUAAUUGUUCAAUUUUUUUAUUUGCUGUUGUGUUCCGAUGCAAUCGGUUUAUUAAAUGCCUCACUCAUAAAUCUGAUAUUGCAUAUAGGCGGUCAAAUCGAUAUUCUUCGUCAGAGUUUGACGGCAAUUUUUGCUAAGAAAGAGAAGAGCAACUUAAGUCAUUUUAUGAUAAAAAAAAUAAUCAAGAAACAUCAGAAUAUCAUCAUGUUUUCAGAGCAUAUCGAAGAUUUAUAUUCGUAUAUUGCGAUGGUGCUCUUUGUAUCGGAUACUUUGAUUAUCUGCUGUUUAGGUUUUACUAUUGUCGCAAGUAAAAGCAUCGGAGAUGCUGCCUACGCUUCUCACUGGUACGAAUCAGGUCCUAAAAACAGUCGAAUUAUAUUGUUCUUGAUAAUGAGAUCGCAAGUACAAUUAACGAUUACUAUUGGAAAGAUAAUGAAUUUGUCCUUGGAACGAUUUACUAGUAUAUAG